AUGGGGCCCCCGGGCAAUAGGGGAUCAUGGGGCCCCUGUGUCCUUGCCCAAACUCAAAAAAGCCUAUGAAAAAGUGCGGGCGGCAUGCCAUUAGAACUAAAGGCACCCGCCCGCAGGUCCGCAUUUCUCUGUGUGGGUGGUGCAUGGAUGUACGUGUGCAGGGGCGGACUGACAACUCAUGGGGCCCCCGGGCAAUAGGGGAUCAUGGGGCCCCUGUGUCCUUGCCCAAACUCAAAAAAGCCUAUGAAAAAGGUACCAGGGGCAUCUCAUGGGGUCCACUACUGACCGAGUUUCCAAAUGGUCAGUCCGCCCCUGUACAUGUGGAUCCGCAGUGGCACCACCCGCACACAUGUGAACCU